GGACGCCCCAGCCCGCCGCGCGGCUUCCCCCGGCCAACAAAAUGGCCGCGGCGGAGGUGCCGCACGCCGUUCUCAUUGGUUCUGCCUGCGGAACAUACCACUCUCCUCCUUUAGAGAGGGGAGAAUGAGCUUCGAAUUAAUCCCUCCCUUCUUGGUUCGGAGUAGAAUGAGCGCAUAGUGUUUCCGGAUCUCCACCGGAAGCCGGAAGUACUUCGGCGGCUAGGGAUUCCCUCUUCUGUUCCGCUUUUCACUCCCCCACCCUGUCCUCCCUCCGGAUCAUCGAAGGUAAAUCGCGACCCUUACGGGAGUUUUAUCACUUAACCCUUCCUCGCGCCGUCUCGCGAGAAGAGUCGAGCUGCGUCCUCUCGCUUCAUUCGAGUGGAGGGUGUGUAGGUGUGAGAGAGGAGUACUCUGUGCGGGCGGCACCUUCCCCGCCACCUACUCCCGGUGGGCAGGAUCCCACUCCCCGCCCCGUGAAUCUGAGCGAUGGAGGGUGGUAGACGCUUGGCUUCUGAAAUGGCAAGAGAGGGAACUGGGGCUUGUGCUCUUCUGGGAGCCACGCCUUCCCUGAGAGGGGACUCUCCUCCUCUUCCUCUUAGGUAUUAUGGGAUGGUUUGGCUAGGGGCAGCUUCCUUCAUGCUCAAAGAUGUGUCCUCUCAUCACAGCAACACUUUGUAACUUCUUUGGGGGGCAGGAUACUCAUGGCACUGAAAUCAGAUGCUAGUGUGAAUCUCUGGCUCAGCUUAAAAGGGAAGGGGACGCUGCUCAUUUUCAUGUAGCAAAUCUGAUUGAAUGAUUGUGUGCCCUUCCCCCCACCCCCUUUUGGCUGCCUCUGAGGUUGUGGUUAAAGAAGGGGAAAGUUAACGGUGGUACCAGAAAUGCAUGUGUAUAAAUUGAAUAAAUAAUAAGUUAUCUUUUACUUUUGAACUUUUUGCUUAUCAGUUACCUUACCCCCAGGUAUAUGUUUCCUACUGGCAUUCCAGUGAACAAACAUCAACUUCCUCUGUAGUUAGUAUUUUCCUUGCAAAUCUCAUGCUUCCUCACCUGUCAUUGACAACUGACCAUCUAUUGUCUUCCCACUCCUGAAUGCAACAUAGAAAUGAUUCCGGCAACUUUGUUAGUGCUUUUUAGGUUUUCUUGCUGAUAGUUGUAUUUGUGUCCAAUAUUGGCACACAGCAAGGAUUCAUGCUAAUGUUUAUUCACAUUCUGGACUUACUGGAAUGUUCUCUGUUUUUGCCACUUGCAGAGAACAGCUUUGUAGCUGUGACAACCCACGUGGAUGACCUGUAAAGACAUGUGCAAAGCACAGUUUCCAUUAUGCUGAUGUAAUUGAGUCUUGCCUGCAUAUGUGCACACCUUUCAAGAACUGGCAUACACGGGAUAAACCGUAUAAACAUGUACAAAGAUACCCUGGAAAGAUGUGGAGUAUUUAUUUGGUCCAGUCUGCUAACGUAACAAAUGCUUCCUGGCUGGCCCCCAGAGUUCAGUAAGAGACUUGCUAAAUAAGAGUGCUCACCUGUGUCAUUGAGCACAUUACACAUUUUACAAGCAGUUUCGUACAUUACAAAGAGGGGGAAAUGAUCUGCUACCGAGUGUAUGCUCAAGGGGGUGUACACUCAAUAGCAUCUUAGGUGUACAAGUAAAAAUUGAAUAUGUCUAGUGCCCCCAGCUGCUCAAAUUGUGGCACUAAUCUUGAAACAAAAAUCGCUUUCCCUCCCACAGAAGCGCUUAAUUAAUUCGGUUUUGGAGGCAGGUAGGCUAACAAGGUUGACUUAAAUUCUCUUGCAGAUACUGAUGCAGGAUCCUCAGAACCAAACCUGUGAAAUGUUUUGCUUCAACAAGAGGUAGAAGAGCUACUACCAGGUAGUAACAGCUUAUGACCCUUGCCAGUUUGUUGUUUGUUCCACCUGCUGUGUGCACAUUUUGGUUUAGAAAAGGCUAAAACUAUCCAGUCUUAGUAUCCAGUGCUCUUGGCGAAAUUCAACUGGUGCAGCAUUUUCUCUCCUCCCCCAUCCAUUUUCUCUCCUCCCCCUGUGCUCUCCGCAACUUUCCAAAGCUGAUUUGGGAUGUGGGGAGGCGGAGGGGAUAGGAGAAGAAGCUUCAUUGUGCUCACAGGAGUAUGUUGUGUUGUUGGACCCAGCAUUGGAUGCCACCCCUUGUGUUGAACAGAAUAUUUGGAAAAUAAGGACCAAACUAUUAUGUGACAGUGGGAAAAGAGGGGUAUUGUUUUGUUGCUGAUACAUGGGUGGAAGUGCCAGAUGGGUUCUGCCGGUGGGCACCGCUGCGUCCUCACUGCCAUCAUGCCUCACCCCCAUUCCAUCCUAAAAAGUGUGUUUAUAUGUGUUGGAAGCUGCCCAGAGUGGCUGGGGCAGCUGAGCCAGAUGGGCGGCGCAUUGCUGCAGUACUUGCACUGACAGGCAUCAAAGUGUGAUGUUGAAUUCCAUCCCUUGUCUUUAACAAGAGUAGAUGUGAGGGGGAGAAACUACGUUUGAAGGAUCUGAUAAACUGUUGAAAAGUCAGGUGUUAAUCUGGACCCAUAGGGCUACUGAGUUUGGUUAAUCCUAGAAUCAGCCGCAAUAGGCACAUGCAAUGGGAAACUGUGGCAGUGUGACUGAGUAAUCUUUGUAAUACAUCUUGGCUGACAAGAUGAUGAGAAAAGCACCACUUGGCAGUCAGCAGAUGAUGAAGCCCCAACAUGACUGCUAGAGAUGCUGAGAUAGCAUUACUCAGACACAGAUUAUGUUUUCCCUUGGAAAACACCGAGUAAAGAAAGGAAAUGGAAAAAGUUGUUCCCACCUCUGAUCAGAACAAAAAACAAAGAGUAAGGUGGACUCACUCACUUAACUGAGGAAGGAAAAAGAACCACCAGAUCCUUUGAUAUUAACAGACACUGGUAGCUAGGAACUGUUAAGAAACUUGGAAUGAGUUAAAAUAAUUUAUUAAUUUCACUCUUAAUUUGGCAGUGGGGAGUGACUAUAGGUUGAUUGGGUAGAAUUCAACAUCACUCUCAUCCAGCUGUACCAUCUGCACAAACAUUGCAAUUUACUAAAUGGAACAAUCCUCCCCUUGCACACUGUUUUGGAGUUCUCCCAACUGGGGCAGAGAGUGGAGGAAAGCCAGAAGUCCUUGUGUCGGGGCUUCCUUCUAUGGGGCUGUUAGAUGAAUUCAGCUGCCUAGAGAGGUUUUUUGCAUUGAGUGAUUAAUAAAUCAAAUUAACAACAACAAGAUACAGUGGUAUCUCGGGUUACAGACGCUUCAGGUUACAAACUCCACUAACCCAGAAAUAGUACCUCGGGUUAAGAACUUUGCUUCAGGAUGAGAACAGAAAUUGUGAGGCGGCGGCAGCAGGAGGCCCCAAUUAGCUAAAGUGGUACCUCAGGUUAAGAACAGUUUCAGGUUAAGAAUGGACCUCCAGAACGAAUUAAGUUCUUAACCCGAGGUACCACUGUAAUAUGAAGUAAUUCUGUGUAAAGUAUUUGAGAUGAUAAUUGCUUUAUCCCCUGCCCUUGUAUUGGGUGUUGUGCCUCCACUUAAUUUGUUUCCAUUGCAAUCCUGAGUUGGUUGCUGAUUUGGCCUUACUUAACAGGGGGUGAUUUUAAAUUCUCAUUUUCAGAAGAGAUUGUUUUUGUAUACCCCUUAUGUACCCAGUUGGCUUCUGUGCUCCACAGGAGAGAGCCUCCUGCAGAUGUUAUCUCAGCAGCAAGUCCAUUCUUUAUAAUAUAAGAAUUGGACCUUUAGUGUGGCAAGAGCUGCCCUUUGGAGCUCACUUCUGUUAAAUAUAAGACAAUUGUCUUUUUGGUGCCUUCUGAAGACCUUUUCUUUUCUGACCAGCUUUUAAGUGUAGAUCUUCAUCCAACUCUGUAUCUGUGCUGGAUGUGAAAUUGUUUUUAGAUAUGCAAGUUGUCUUGAGAUACAAUCUUGGUUUUGUUGUCGAUGCUUUUUACUGUGAAAUCACUUUGAGAUAUUUUAUGAGAAGUGAUUCAUAAAGAGAAUCAAAUAAAUACUUUUAAGCAGACAAGAGCAGUAUCUGAAUCAGGCCUUGUGCCAACAAUUGUGCACUGACUGUUGCUAAAUGAGCAGGAAGUAUGGAGAGAGAACUUGCCUAAUGCCUCAUUGUUCCAGAACAAAGGCGAGCCGUUUUUAGACUAGAUACUCAAACAAAGGGAGAGUGAGCUACAGGACGGUUGUGAGUUUCUCAGAUACAAAUGAUAUAAUAUUGUAUAUACAAAUAGUUCAUGUGUACACACACACACACACACACACACACACACAAACACACAAACAUACACUCUGUUUUUCUUGAUACUGGGUAAGGCAGCAUGCUUCUGAAUCGGGUGGUUUCUUAUGCUUGCUGUUGCCUAAUUUUGCAUGCUUUCACACAUAGAACCUUUCAGUUAUUGGGCUGCCUGAGUGUAUCUGACACCUAAAGUGAUGCAGAGACGUUGCAGAUUUCCAUGCAGACCCUGCUACUUCGAACAGUGGGGUGGGGAUUAGCAGGACGAGGAUGGAUUACAGAGUUUAAAUACAGGGUUAUUGUGCAAAGGAACACACUAUGUACAAAAUGACAAUGUCUUAACUGGCACGUGCAUGCAGAAAGUGCAACAUGCAUUGGGACUUCCCUACUAAAUCUGGAAGAAAAAUAUCAUGCGUUAUUGGGCUAACAUUCACAUGUGGCAGGUAUACUCUUAAAUCCAACUUGCCAAAAUGAGGGAGGGAGGAAUGAGUAUGAUCGUGGUGUGCCACUGUGCAUUGGUUUUGCCUUAUGUGGAAACAGAGCUUCUAUAAACUAACCAUGAAAAUGAUAGAGUCACCCUGCAGUCAUAUAAACAGUACAUGGGUGGUAAAGACCUUUAUUAGCAACACAUGAAAGGAUUGGAAUGCCUAGCAUGGGAUAUAAAACUUGCUAAUUACUUGUGCUUUCUCUUUUGACUCAGAGGUAUUAAUGAGCCUCCUAAAUGAUGAUGGCAUUCAGAGACAAGACUGUGGAUGAGCUGAAGGAGCUGCAGGACAAUUCAGAGGAGAUUGAACGCUUGGCACUGGAGUCUAAUGAGGUUAGAAUAUAUUAGAAUGCAUCAGAAGGAUUGGACUGGAAUGGGGGGGGGGGCUUAAGAGGAGCCACCUUUCCCUAACAAUGGCCUGUCUUUAUCAGGUUCAGGAUGUCCAGUUGGAAAGGGAGAUGGCUUUGGCCACAAAUCGCAGCCUGGCAGAGCGGAACCUGAAGUUUCAGGAACCCCUCGAAACAGGACGUGCAAACCUCUCAGACAAAUAUCAAGAACUGCAGAAGCUGGUCGAGCAAUGCCAGGAGCAAAAGGCAAAACUGGGUAACGUUUCAGAUCUCCUCAGCCCAGGAUGGGGCAUCAGUAGGCUUCUCCCCCCCGCCCCUAACCAGAUUUACUUCUUGUGAUUCCUCUUCUGUGUUGGGAUGUAUGCACGCGAACCCUAGGGUUAGCCACUCCUGAUCUGGAAAUAGCUCCUGUUUCUUGACACCUCUACCAUUGAAAACGAGGAUGGUCAUCAAGGAGGGAGGGUCAAUUAUGAGAAAAUAUUUUGGUUCCCUCUUUUCUGAGCCUUCUAGCUGCCUGAACAGACUGAUGGUGCACCAUAGUUUCAAUGCUAUGGAUAACCAUAGAAAGCGAUGUGCUUGUAUAUAGGCAACAGAGACCUCUGUUCUUCUUGAUCUCCCCAACCUUCCUCUCUCAGUUGUGGCUGGAUAGUUGUGUGGUGGCAGCUCUGAAAGCAAUGGGAGCUGUGCCUUCAGAGGUGGCACUCUUCACGUAUAUCUGCUUGUGCAGAGUCAAGAACCGACAUUGUCACUGAGAUGGAGGGAAGGAGACGUGCUUGUUUUGCAUGGCAUUUUUAAUCACCCUUCUUUAUUCUUUCCCCAUCCCACCAGAAAAAUUCUCAGCAGCGAUGCAGCCUGGCACCCUGUUAAAUCUUCUGGAGGUAGAAGGGCAGAAAAUCGAAGAAGAAUCUGAGGUUAGCCUAUGAUUUCAACUCAAGAGGAAACAAGACUCAUGUCUGAUACUGUUUGUUAAUACCGGUGAUCUAUUCUGAGCUCACCUCUCUCCAGGCUGACCCUCAUACACCCAGACUGUCGGCCAGGACUGUGUCACCUCUCCUUUCUCACAUCCUAAAUUCAAGCCAGCAUGAGAACCAUAUCAUAAUGUGGUUCAUGUGUUUUGUUUUACUGAGCUUGUUUUAUUUGCUAGAGUGGGUGGCCAAUCAGCAGCAUGGGUCCCAUAAACCACGCAAGCGUCAAGAGUUUAUGGCACUCCAGUGCGGUGGCAAAAGAGCCAAGGAACCUGACUGUGGCCUAGGUUCUGGCCUGCCCUUGUGUUUGGCUCUCUCUCUGUAUUUUACCUUCUUGCUUCCCAGGAUGGUAGACUAGAUGCAAAACUGUGCCAAGGUACUGAGGGCUGCAAAUGCACUUGAGGGGCACUAUUUCAUAUGUGGACUUGUGGGAACCUGGUCACCGUUGUUCUAGAGCAAUGGACAAGUUGCCUGAGACGAUCCAGUUUCUCUCGCCACCCCUACCCCCUGCCCAGUCGUUUUCACUGUGAGUAGUCAUUGGGAGAUGGAAUGUGCAUGCUGUGAUGAAGAACGCAGAAGCGAACCUUGUUCCUUACUGCAAAUGAAAGCCCUGGUUUAAUUGUCUUUUUACAUUGCAGAUGAUGGCUGAAAAGUUCCUGGAGGGCGAAGUGCCUCUGGAGACAUUCCUGGAGCAGUUUUCCUCCAUGAGGAAGUUGUCCCAUCUACGGCGGGUGAAAGUGGAGAAGCUUCAGGAAGUGUUGAGGAAGUCUCAGUCUUCCCAAGAGCCAGCCAGAAGCUCUGCGUUCAACCACCAGCAUCCUUCCACGAUGCCUUCUGGGCCUGCAAACCAGCAGCCACAGAAUAGCCUGGCUGGGGGACUACCCUAUCCUUUACCUUACAGUCUAACCCCUUGCAUGCCCACCGGCCCUUCAGCUCACGGAGCUCUCCAGCCAGCUUCUUUUGCAGGAGCACCUGUUAUGGUGGGACAUGUCGCCUCCUCUCAGCCAAGUAGCCAACCCCCAUUUCCGACUAGAUCACCUUCGGGUCCUGGGUACCCACCUGUCUCUUCUAGCAGUUCAUUACCCCAGCCUCAGGUAGGAGACCCAUCUGCAUCCUCUGGGUACUCUUGGUCCCCCUCCAGAGCACCCCCUUCUGGACCAGGAUACCCUCAGCCCCCCGUUAGGGCUCCAUCUACAGGACCAGGAUACCCACAGUCUCCAUUUUUUCCACCAGCGGGAAGGCCCCAGUGCCCUUAUCCUACCCAGCCUCCAGUGCCUAGCUACCCCAUCCCUUCCCAGCCUCCAUAUCCCACAGGUCCAAGCCCACCGUUUGGGUAUCCACCACCACCGCCCCUGCCCCCUCAGGGCCCUUCUUGGCCAGGAUACUAGUCCCCGUUCCCAGACAGUAUUCUUUUUCAUAGCAGCCUGAUGAAUUGAUUUUUGCUAGCUACUGAAGCCCAAGAUGAAAACUUGGGUGCAUCCUCUUGAGAGACAUACUUCCGUAAGCAUUAUAUUGAUGGCAUGUAUGGUUUGAUGCUGUAAGAGUUGGAAAGGAACGGCUGUGUGGGAUGGUUCCAUUUCCUGAGUAUCAGCAGGCAAUGACUGUUGGCAGCCUUCAGUGGCCAGCUGUACUGACUAAGCAGUCCGUCCAAGCCAUAGUAUAAAAUACAAAUCUAGGCCCAGACACUUAGCUGACGUAUACUGGCAUUGUUCCAAGUAAGCCGCUUAUUGGCCGCAGCUUGGAUCUGGUCCUGUGCGUGUGUUGGUGUGCUCAUGACUGUGUGUGUUGUUUUCUACUUUACUACAUUAGAGUAUCUAUAAUACAUAAAUAAAAUGAAUUCUGCUCACUUUAUAAUUUCCACAAAACUCAUGAUGGAGAAAUCAGGUCAGCAUUUCUGAUGAGAAGAGCAUGUUUUCCAGAAGAGGAAUGAAUAAAUGUAUGAUUUCUCCUGGCACCAAGAAAAUUUACUAUUUACUAGACAGUAGAUAGAAAGCACAGCCCAGCUAACACAAAUGGAGAAUGAAAAGCUCCCUCACCUAGCCUCAGCUGCAGUCAAAUGUCCAUCAGUCGGUCUGUGGUGGCCGUUCCCAUAGAGGUUAGCUAAUUUGCAUGUUCCUUUCCUCUAGUGUGUUUUCAUCAUGGCUUAUUUGUCUUUAUCCUCCCUUCUGAGGGUAAACAGUGGAUGUAUUAGUUGUACUAAUAAUUAGUAUGUGGAAGGUGUGAGCUAGAGAAUCUUGGAACGGUUCGUUGAACAAUAAGACAGCAAGUUUGGCUUUUAUAGAAAGUCAAAUCGCUCUGCGUUUUUAUACAUGGGAAUAAUGGACAAAAUGCUAUUGUUCCUCUUUCCAUUGUUGAUUGUAGUUUGCUUCACUGAAGCAUGUAGGCCUCUGUGGCUGCCCUUUUUUUCCAGUAACCUCUUGGUGGAAGAGAGGACUUUGAUAAUGAAAGCCUCUCCCUCCUUUGUUUGUUGUCCCACUUCAGUUGACAAGAAGAAACACCGGCUACAACUGAGGAAACCGAGGGAAUCUAAUGUUGAUCAAAAUAGCUUUGCUAAGCACUUUAUCCUUUUGUUUGCCCAUAAUUUAUUUUUAAAAAAUAGACUACUAAUAGAUUUGACCCGGUAGAACGCGCCUGGAAUUUGAUGGAAGCAAUUCCAUAUCUGUGAUUAAUUAUGGUAAUAAAACUUGGAUGAAUUGCACAGAAGCUUAUGAUUAUGACUUUUGGAAAUGGAGUUGUGGUGAUUGAUAUCUGACAUUGAUGCUUCUUUUUUGCUUGCUAAACAUCUUCCCUUUGACUUCUAGUUUGUGUCAAUAAGGCCUUUCACCUUUCAUCUCAAAGAGUCAUAUGUUUCCUUGUCGUAUCUGACUGUUUCUUGUGUCUGUGCCCUACUUAAGAGAUCCAUUUGUGCAUCUUUCUUCCCCAUGGACUAAUAAACUUUGCCCUUCUCAACAUCCUUCAACACCAUGUUUCCUCUAUCUUGUCCAUUGCAAUUUCUACCAUCCAUUUGCCCUUUCCUUAUUGAUGUAUUUAGUGUUGUUCAGUUUCUGUAUACUGUAAUUAACCUCUCAUAUGGAAGGCACUGACUUUUAACUCUCAGUUCCCCAACUUUGAUCUAUUAGGUUUAUCAUCUAUACUUGGUUAGACUCUAACCUAACACUAGAUCAGAGGUGAUAUACUUUCUUUGCUCCAAGGGCUGCAUGGGCCACAUGACAAAAGUGAGUAUAGCCACCCCAUACUCUUAUACACACUUUUGCAUGGAUUAGUGCAUGUCAACACAUACAAGACAAGUGUGAUGGGCCUUACCUUUGGCUGCAUGCACAUAGUUUUGCAUCACAUAUUAAUACAUUUUAUGUAGGAGGAGAUCUUGGCAGCACUUGCAGAGAAUACACUCUGAAAAUAGCUGUCCUAGAUGCACUAAAAUUAGGUCCUGGAGGACUGCAUGUGAAAAAUUCUGUUUGUAGAUAAAUAUGGGCAGUACUCUGAAAACUGACUAUAGAAAGUAAAACGACCAGAGCUCUAAGGUGGUUCUUAAAGAGUCUAAAAGCCAGAGUAAGCCUAUUUGUUCAAUUUUUCUGCUUUCUAAAUAAAACUUUUUUUUGUAAUCCCAUACAAAUCAAUGGAGUGGUUAAAUGGUCUAGGACAGAGCAGGUUUUUUGUCUAGUCAGUUUCAUUCCAAAAGGAAACCACAUUUCCCACAUUUUCAUUUUUAACUGCAUUUCUAGUCUCAACUUUCUACCUUGGAACUUAAAAUCGUAUGGUUCUCUGCCUUUGUCCUUACAACAACCCUGUCAGAUAGCUAAGCUGGAGGUAACACAAUGAGCUUCACGGCUGACUGAAGAUAUGAACAAAGAUCUCUCUACUAAUUCAACACACUAACCACUACAGCAUGUGUGUAAUUACAUGUAUGGUAAUCUUUUAAGAUACUAACAUCAUUUUUUAAAUUUCAGAAGUACCUUUAUAAAAAACGUUCUUUGGAUCAGGAAGGGGGAAUAUUAUUAUUUAGGCACAGAGCAUGGCAACUUCCUAAAUUAUACUGAAGUUCCACAAUUAUUUAUAGGUUUUUACUGUGAGGAUCAUCGUAAGGGGUAACUCUGCACUUCACAAAGAAUUUCACUGGCAGCUUUCAAACUGCUAUCUCACUUUGCAACUGAAAACUUUGAAAUGGCUUCUGCAUCAUUUAAAUGUCUAAAAUGCCUUUGAAAUGUAUGUAAGCUUGUAUGAAUGGGUAUUGCAUUGACCGGGACGAGAGGCAACAUUGUACAAUAUGCCAGCCAGCUUUUAGUCUCUGAACUGUGGCCCAACACUUAACCGUCAUUGCGUCCAGUCUCAAAUACAAAAUACACUAAGCUCCUGCCAGUUUGCAUGUCUGGGGUGUCCCCUCCUGCUUUUAUUAUACUUCCAGAUAUUAAACAUGAAUAUACACAAUUUACAAAUUAAAUUACAGAUGCACUCAAGUGCAAAACAAAGAGUUGACAUUAAAAACCCACAGCUAUACUUGCUCAAUUAUGACAAAUCUAUAAACAUAUAAUCUAGUUUAGUCAAUAAGACAUUAGCUACUAGGGUAAACUGUUGUGCUUGGAAAUAUUCUUUAAAAAGUAGUCCUGGUUUGUUCAGUAACAACAGCUUUCCCUGGUUUUUGUUUUAAUUCAUACUUUCCUGUCUUAACUCAGAAUGGUUACCUAGCCAAUUGCACAAUAUUGUCAGAAAUCUUGCCCAGCUAGUGCUUGCCAGGGACCUUAGCAUUUUUUGAGGUAGUCCUAAUUUUUGCAAUGAUCGCCAUUGAGAGAUCUAGAUACAAUCUAGCAACAUUCACCAACCUUGUGUCCUCUAGCACAGCAUUUCCCAACCUUGGGCCUCCAGCUGUUUUUGGACUACAACUCCCAUAAUCCUCAGCUAGCAAGACCAGUGGUCAGGGAUGAUGGGAAUUGUAGUUUGAAAACAGCUGGAGGCCCAAGGUUGGGAAACACUGCUCUAGCACAGGCUGGGGCUGAUGGAAAUCGUCCUAAACAACUGCAGGGUACAGCAUAAGGUUGGCAAAGACCACUACAGCUGAAGUCCAAAGGUCAUUAUUAUAGGCCCUCAAAGAGAGAAAACCUAGCAUAAUUCCACUAUGAGGUUUGAAUAUAGAACAAUAGUGCUCUGGAUGAUUUGAGGUAGAGAUCCUAAUUCCUCUCAGUGCAUUGAAAAGGAAAUGCACUGGCUUUGCUAUUACAUCUCUGUGAAGGUAGAGAAGGUCUAUAUGGUUGCAGGGAGGAUGCUGAUGGUAUUUCACACUGAUUGUUGUGGGUGGAAAGCUUUUUUCAGUUCUGCUGAUCCCAGCUUUUCCUUGUAUUGGAUUCUGCCUGUAUCUGCAGGGGAGAACAUGAAUCCCACAAAAUUAAUAUUUCAUUUCAUUCAAUUUUUUAAGAAGUGACAAUGCAGUUACUGAAGUUGUAGGAUUAUAUCCUACAGGUUUUGCCUGACACAUAGCAAAAGCGCCUGUCUAAACUCUCAUUGUUUGCACACACAGCAAAAAUCAGUUUUAAUUUAUGCUAUAAAAGGUAAAGGGACCCCUGACCGUUAGGUCCGGUCGGGGACGAUUGGGGUUGCGGCGCUCAUCUCGCUUUAUUGGCCGAGGGAGCCGGCGUACAGCUUCCGGGUCAUGUGGCUAGCAUGACUAAGCCGCUUCUGGCGAACCAGAGCAGCACAUGGAAACACCAUUUACCUUCCCGCCGGAACGGUACCUAUUUAUCUACUUGCACUUUGACGUGCUUUCGAACUGCUAGGUUGGCAGGAGCAGGGACCGAGCAAUGGGAGCUCACCCCAUCGUGGGGAUUCGAACCAUCGACGUUCUGAUCGGCAAACCGUAGGCUCUAUGGUUUAACCCACAGUGCCACCCGCGUCCAAUUUAUGCUAUAGACCUGCCCUAUUUCUGGUGUUUUCUUUCAACCUAAGGAUAUAC